GUAACACAAACUCUAAUUUGUUUGUUUCCUUCAGUGCUAAAUUGUGUCAUACCAGAACUACCCGACCAGGACUUGGACAUCACACAUGAUUUAAUCCUGUACAUGUACAACAGUUGUUUGCUCACCAGAAACAGCCCAGCUCACACCGAUGACAAGGUCUCGCUGAAGAAGUUGGUGUCUCAGAUUGACAGCAAGAUCCAUUUUAGAACCGUGAAUGACACCAUGAAAAUCUUAGCCUGGCUGGACCUUGUGCAGACGGCGGUCGAUCUGAUCGGACCUCUCGAGACGGAUACGAUUAUCCCAACAAGCGACAAAAAAGCUCUGGGACUUGUGAUUCUUUCAUUUCUGACAGCUGAAGCAGGUCCUGCCCUCUCCCAAGUAUUGGCUGUGAGCUACCCAAACCUGGAAGAGUACACAGACGUCAACUUCAGUGUGGUAGAGGCACCACCGGGCAAGAGCUUUAAGCUGAACUCUCAAGUGACGACUGUCACUGUCACCAGCAGAAACGCAGAAAAACUGAAGUCACCUGUGCGACUAAGAUUGGAUCACCUUGAACAGUCAAAUGACACUCACACCUGCGUGUUUUGGAACUCCUCUGAAGAAGGAGGGAGAUGGUCCCAACAUGGCUGCCACGUGGUGGAGAACAACUCUGACUACACUGUGUGCUCCUAUAACCAUCUGAGCAGCUUUGCUGUGCUCCGUGAGGACCAGUUUGAGCUGCGACUCAUCACCUGGGUGGGACUGUCCCUCUCACUUGUCUGCCUCUUCGUCUGCAUCCUCACCUUCUCACUGAUCCGCUCCAUCCAAAGCCCGAGAACAACCAUCCACCUGCACCUCUGCAUUAACCUCUUCAUGGCCACCCUCAUCUUCCUGGUUGGCAUAUCUCGCACAGAAAACAAGGUGGGCUGUGCUGUGAUAGCAGGGCUGCUGCAUUUCUUCUACCUGGCAGCAUUUUGCUGGAUGUGUCUUGAGGGAGUCCAGCUCUUCAGGAUGGUAGCUCUGGUGUUCAACACCAGCUUCAAGACCCUCUACAUGAUGGCAGCAGGGUAUGGAGUCCCUGCUCUGAUCGUGGCCGUGUCCGCUGCAACCAACCCAAAAGGAUACGGCACCGAAAAAUACUGCUGGCUGAGCUUCGAUUAUCUUUGGAGUUUCUUGAGGCCACUUUAUAUGAUUGUUUCUACCAACAUUUUUUUCCUCCUCAUCACAAUGUGGAAGUUUGUCCAGAAGUUCUCAAGCUUGAACCCAGAACUGGACGAGCUCCAGAAAAUAAGGACAUUUGUCAUCAUCGCAGUGGUUCACUUGUGUCUGCACGGGACCACGUGGACUUUUGGAAGCUUUGUGUUAAUGACGGACAACUUAACAUUGGAGUACCUGUUCACCAUCACUGGAAGCCUUCAGGGGAUCCUGCUCUUCACCACACACUGUCUGUUGACAAAACAAGUGAGGGAUGAGUAUAAGAACAGACUCACUGCUCUCUGCUCACCUCGACAGACGAAAGCUUCAAAAGUCCGAUUCACCCGCUCCAGAAAAGCUCAUGUUUCGAAAAGCAACCAGGACACAGAAGAGGCUCAAAUCCAAGAAGUCCUGUGACAGUUUCCCCACACAGUCAAGCCUCUCAAUUCCAUCUACACUGAGAUGAGCCCAUUAAUCUCAAAAUUCCCUUGCAAUUCCGGUACCAGUGAGACAUACAUGUCUGUUUUUUGUCGACGAACUGCUGAUCACCUAAUUAAAGAGCUGUGAAAUAUUUUUGCUUUUUUAAAUAUUGUAAAUACUGUUUGUUGCCGUGAGGUGCAAAUCGAUAAUGUGCUGUUUCUGGGCUGUUAAAUGAAUGUACGAUAGAAAGGUGUAUGUCAGUUCUGUGCUGUUUAAACGUUGCUAUUCUUUCUGAAUC